AUGACUCGGAAGUCCCCCACUCAAUCAGCUUGGCAGUGUAUAUUCUCCCUCCAAGCUGGAAUUUUUAUGGAUACAUUUAUUGAGCUAUCUUUUGAAGGCAGUUCAGAUGAUGAAGAAGACGGUGUUGAUGUGCAAGAUAACUACUUUCCUGCAACAGGAGACGCAUUUGAUUCGGGACAAAUAUAUUUACCUAAUGUUCCGAUAAAGGUACAAAUAACCCAGGUGUAUUGGACAAGUAAAUUUAACUAUUUACGGGACCGUGUCCGAAGUCCAAGUUUUUCACAACACAUAGUUGAUGACGCAACAAUUGCAAGUGAAGAACCGGCGUCAGUUGCAGCUUCAGGCAAGGUUCCUAGCCGUUAUGAAAUUACCGUGCACCAUGAACCAUAUGAGUGGAAAAUCAUGAAAACAUACAACGAUAUUUUCGCUUUACACAGAGAAAUUGCUUUUGAUCAAGUUAAACUGCGCGUUAGACGGGCCACAAGGACGGUGAGAUCGCGUUUUCAAAAUGCACCACCGGCGGAGGCGCUUAAGAAACGACGACUCUCUGCCUUUCCUAAGCGAUGGAUCCUCACUGUUCCCGAAGAGGGUAUGGCGCACCGCACAAAACUGUUGGAGGAGUAUCUCCAAUCUAUUGUUGACUGUAAACCGCUUCGCUAUCUGGAAGGUGUAAUGAAUUUUUUCGAAGUAUCGCCGAUCACAUUUCGCCUGCGACUGGGCACUUCUAAAUUCAAGGAGGGAACAAUUAUGAAGAUUCCUAAGCCCGGAAAAUUGGCACUUCCAAUGACUGCGUUUUGUGUGUACGAGUGUGCUUGGCAAACCAGGUGGUUAGUUCUAAAAGAUUCCUACUUGGUGAUGUUAAAGCCAAGCAAGGUUAAUCAGCAGAAGGCACUGCCCUCAGCCCAGCAGAAUGGCCACCUCAUGUCCAGCCAAUCAACCCUGCAGACCUUUGUACCCACCAGGAAUACAGAGGAGCCACACCUCAUUCAUCACCAACCGAGCACAGUGCGUCGAUGGUACCACCGCAACAGACGUUGGCGCUUCUGCAAGGUCAUCCUCAUGGACCAAUUAUUCAAAUACUCUACCGAACGCAGCGGUGCUGGCACCAUCUUGAACAUCAAGAACAUGCACUACGAAAUGCAGUUACGAACACAGAGACCAAAUGAUUGGGUGGCCGAAAUGACUAAAGUCAUCAGCCGGCCUGCUGCACUGGACUACGUGCAGAUCAAUCCCAACGACUCCUUUGCCCCCAUCCGCAGGGAUGGACAAAUACUUCUGUGCAUCGAUGGUGCCUCCUACAUGGAUGCCGUGGCGAACGGGAUUGAGCGGGCGCAGCACGAGAUCUUCAUCACUGACUGGUGGCUCUCGCCGGAGGUCUUUCUCAAGCGUCCAGACGGUGGUGACAAGUGGAGACUGGAUUUCCUUCUCAAGAGGAAGGCAGAAGAGGGUGUAAGAAUAUGCAUUCUAAUCUACAGAGAGGUUCCACAGGCACUGAAAAUCAACAGUAAACAUACAUCCACUUGGUUGUCGAGCCUGCAUCCAAAUAUCCAUGUUAUAAGGCAUCCGGACCACAUUCGUGAUAUGGUACUACUCUGGUCACACCACGAGAAGUUGGUUGUGAUUGAUCAGUCCAUCGCCUACAUGGGAGGCAUUGACCUUUGUUACGGGCGCUGGGACAGACAGGAUCAUCCCUUAAUUGACGUGGACAAGUCCAAGCCUUACAGGAGGCAAGUGCAGCUGCAGGACGCGGCAAAAUCAGCAAUCAUGGCGCUGAUGCCGGUCAUGCCGAUGGUACCAAUGGGGGCAGAGUCAGCGAGUCGGACGCUACAUCAUAGCGACUCCCUCAGCGUAGUCCUCACUGAUAUGCCGCAGGAGGAGGUGGAUCGUGACCGACGAAGACGGCAUGGUUCUCCCACUUCCCCCUCUCCUGAGCGUCGGCUCAACUUCGCCACCCUCGCAAGCGUCUCCAUGGCCGCUCACAUUUGGAGGCGGCAGACUGGGCACAAGGAGGAUCUCGAGCCGGGAAUUAAAGUUAUGCCCGACGGUCAAAUGGGGUUCCGCUCUUCAGUGCGUACUCGCAAAAGCGGCCGUCGACGUCGCAGCCAUGGUGAAGACGGCGGCGGAGCCGGCGGUGGCGGGAAUGUGGAGGGUGAGGAUGGGAUGGAGCCUACCAUGGACAUCCAGAUUCCUAACAUUGGUCGACUCCAGGUGCCGAUCGAUGCGCCUCAUGGCGCCACCGAACAUCGUCGUCAAAGCUCGGAACGACGCCCUCGCCACCUGUCCUCAGCCGUCCCAAAACGGGUGAUGGAGUUCGCCCGACGACACUCCCGUAGUCAAUCUGUGACCCCGCCUUGCGAGAUCCCCAAUCGCAAUGAUGCCGGAUUGAGCCGCAGACCAUCCAAACCGCACAAACCACGUUUCUCCACUGCCGAAAUAGGUAAUGGGAUUCAAAAUUUGUUCGCCAGAGUCGGUUCUCAACGCAGACGGUCACCGGUGCCUAAAUUGUCUGAAUCCGAUUCCGAUGAAUCUGAUGACAUUGAGUUUGUAAAGUUGGGUUAUUGCAAACGGCGGCAAAGCAGAGCACCCCUCUCUAAACUUCGAGGAGGACACGAUACCGCAGCAGGUUAUGAAAUUAGGGAGGAUCUCAUUGUUUUGGGUGAAGAAUCGAAACUUGCUGAACUUUCCCAUCGUUUCCUAUUCGUGGGUAAAGACUACGAAAAUUGGCUCUUCAAAGAUGCUGAUGAGCUUCAAAUCCCAGAGGAAGAUCGCAUCAACCGGAAUGAGAUACCCCGGAUGCCUUGGCACGAUGUCGGCUGCGUGGUCACGGGUUCAGUUGUCUCUGACUUUGCUCGACACUUCAUCCAACGCUGGAAUGCCACCCGUCUGCGGAAAGUGAAGCGACGACGGGGAAACAACAAGCUUCCAAUCCCACCGAUGUUACUCCCGUCGCCGCCCUGUGAGCCGUGGAAGCAAAUGGGCAUAGCAGCGGUGAGUGGCCGACGGCACGCCCAUCAGGCACAGAUGCAGGCACUGCGCUCCGCCAGUCGCUGGUCUCUCGUAGUUAACCGUGGUGGCGGUACAGGCGGUGAAAACGACUUUGCCUACGAGCCUAACAACCUCAAUAUCACUCCCCAGUUCACUGAGCGCUCCAUCCACAACGCCUACAUCGAGGCCAUCCGCAGCUCCGAGCACUACAUCUACAUUGAAAAUCAAUUCUUCGUCAGCUGGCUCAAUGAGAAGACCAUGGAACAUGACAUUCAAAGCGCCAACAGCAACAACAACACCGGUCCUGCGGGCCUUGAGAGCGAGUUGCAGCCCUGCUUGGUCAAAAAUACCAUCAAUCAGGCCCUCUACGAUCGAAUCUUACGCGCCUACAGGGAGAAGAGCCCCUUUCGGGUGUACAUAAUCCUGCCCCUAUUGCCCGGAUUCGCGGGUGACGCGGGCUCUAGGGACAAGGGAACAUCAAUCCACUGCGAGCUGCUUUUCAUCCGAAAGAGCCUCUUCCACGGCCCCACAGCUCUCAUUCCUAGGCUCAGGUUCUUUAUACCAAAUCCCAAGGACUACAUCAGUGUCUGUGGCCUCCGCACCUACGAUACCUGGCCCGACAGCCGCCUAACGACAGAAUUCAUUUAUGUACACUCCAAGCUAAUGAUAGUGGACGACCGUAAACUGAUAAUCGGAUCAGCUAAUAUUAAUGACCGCAGUAUGCUUGGCUACCGCGAUAGCGAGCUUGCUCUAGUGGCAGAGGACGUACCCGAGAUGGGCACACUGCAGGAGGCUAUGUUUGCAGGAGAGAAGGUGUUUGUGGGCAGCGCGGCUCGGCGCCUCCGCAAGUCUCUGAUGGCUGAGCAUCUCGGCGUACUGACGAAAGAGUCGCGAGAGCAUACUGACUGGAACCAUGAACUCCUCAACGAUCCCGUCUGCGACGAAUUCUACCACAAUGUUUGGUGUCGCAUUGCCGAAAGCAAUAUGAAGCUCUUCGAUGAGGUCUUCAGCUGUGUGCCUUCAAAUAACAUGGACUCCUUCGCGAAAGUUGACGUAAUACGCGGAGUGGAGCCUCUGUACAAGCGUGAUCCAAAGAAGGCCAAAGAACUCGUCCAAGGUAUUCAUGGACACGUGGUGUGCUUCCCUGAUGAAUUUCUUUGCGAAGAAGACCUUUCACCACCGCAAGUCUCCAAAGAGAAUGUCCUCGUUACGUACCGAACAUACACACCUAGGAGCAUGCCUGCUACGUCCGCUGUGACCACAGUCAUGAUUGUCCACAGGGUGGUUCACAUGUCGAAGGUAAAACAACAGUCACGGCUGACACCAUUCUACUCGAUACGAGGCAACUCGAAGGUGUGCAAGAAAACCUCUACUUCGGGAACAUCACUCACACCAGGUGAGCAGUCAGUAAAGUUCCUUGUAUUUAACCUCAAGAUGGGGCUGAAUUGGGGCACCACAUUGUCUACAUUUCCUGCCUCUUACUUUGAGUGA